GCACUAUCGGCGCCGAGAAACUCUUGAACUCUUUUGCUACAUUUCACUGAGAUAUCUACACAGAUAUAUAAAACUAUUAUUCCUAUCACACAGUUAGGCACAGUGAGAACUAUUACCUGAGGUGAUCUAAUCCACAAAUAGCAUCCACUGGGGCCAACUGACCGUACAUAGCACACCCAGUUCAGUCUCUCCAGUUCCCAGAUACCGUCUAUUCAGGCUCUGAUUCCUCCACCCACACAUUCCAGCUCAGUUUCGUCACUGUCAAAGUCUGAGUUCGGACCAUUAGCAUAACGUAGAUUCCAGCUACGAUACACACUCAGACUCAUUAAUGAACUUGGGAGACGAUUACUUGGCGAGCACCACUCGACUCAGCAAAGCGAUUGCCACCACAGCGUCUUCACUCGUGCAACAGUCGACGCAAUCACGCGCGUCGCUUUUGCAGAACCCGCACUACACGCAGGCGAUGGUGUCGACGCUCAACGGCUCGCGCAAGGUGCUGCUCCGGCUGAAAACAACGUCAGAGUUGCUCCGCGGGCGCUUUAGUACGCGCGAGCAGAUCUACCGUGCUACGACCGAGCUUGCAGACGAGUUAUUACAGGACUUGCCGGACCAGAAGUCCGCCUACAGCUUGUUCCAGGGUUUCAACGCCGUGCUACCUGAUAUUGAUGACGUUAUUAAGGAGGAUACCCAGGAUAAGACCGAUGGAACCCAGAAGGCGAUAACGGAUGGUCAGAUGAAUGACCCCUUGCCCAAAGGGAUCACGCAUCAGAAACUUAAGACGUGUCAGAAUCCCAAGAUCCUCGCGAGCUAUCAAAAGCAGAUCAACUACAAACUCGACUUGAUUGAGAUUCGCAAGGGCUUGGCCGCGGCAGAGAUUGGCGAAAUCGACGAGAAGAUCCAGCAAUUACACGAAAUGCGUGCGGUAGUGUUGCUGCGGGUGCAAAAGUUUGAAAAAGACGAGACAUACCUUGAGCUGCAGCUCGAGGAACUCGCCGAUAGAAUCAGCUUGGUCAAAGAUGUAGAGCCGGCCAGCCCUGAGCCUGAAGUGGAAACUCCGCGCCGCAAGACAAAGCCAACGUCACAGCAAUACUACGAGAGUGGCUCGCAGAUCACGCGUUUCCAGGCACACGAGGAACGCAUCACCACGUUCGAUUUCGACGUUCCCUUCGGUACCAUGUGCUCGGCAGCCCUCGACAACACGGUCCGGGUCUGGGAUUUGUCCCAAACCAAGUGCAUUGGGUUGCUCGAGGGCCACAACGCGGCGGUUACGAGCUUGCAGAUGGACAAUCACACGGCAGUGACAGGGUCGCUCGAUGCCACGUUGAAGUUGUGGGACUUGCGCCACAUGGAUGAGGGUGAGAGCCCGAUGGUGCACAGCUUCGAGAGCCACAUGGACGAGGUUACUGCGUUACACUUCCAUCACGACACCUUGGUUAGUGGCUCGGCUGAUCGCACCAUCCGCCAGUGGGAUAUGACCACGGGUCAUUGCAUGCAAACAUUAGACGUGCUCUGGGUGCAGAGCCUGGCGGGCUUUGCGCCACUGAGUUUCAUCGGUGCGUUGCAGUGCUACGACGCGGCGCUCGCGCUGGGGACCGCAGACGGGGUUGUCCGCUUGUGGGAUCUCCGCAGCGGUGAGGUCGUUCGUGAAUUGGUCGGCCACACGGGGUCCGUCACGUGUUUACAGUUUGAUAGCCAGCACUUGGCUUCGGGCUCGGCUGACCGCUCUAUUCGCAUCUGGGACUUACGCAUGGGCGGAUUAUUUGAUGCAUUUGCAUACGAGUCGCCAAUUAGUAGCUUGCAGUUUGACGCGCGGAGGAUAGUAUCCACGAGCAGCGAUAGUUCUGUGAGGAUAUAUGAUCGUGUGGACCAGAGACACUGGAGCGUCGGGGAAGAAGAGGCGUCGGAGUGUGUGUACGCGCGGUACAAGGAGGGGUAUCUUUUGGAGGGGAGAGUUGAUGGGAGCGUGGGGGCAUGGGCGGUGUAAGGUGAACACGGCGUGGUGCGAAGCGUAAAACAUUGGGCCGGAUAGCACGAGAGACAUUUGAGGUGGUGCUGGGAAUAUGAGCACUGGAACACCCGAAUGUGUAAACGGGGUUUGCGGGAGCUGUCUAUGCUUUUCUAUUUUCAUUGGUUUACUGGGUAAUUUUGUUGGUUGUUUUUGCGGACAUUAAUUAGUUACUUCCAAUUAUGGGGGUUUGCCACUGCCCGCUUUACGGUUGCUUCCGUGCAUUUCCUUUGGCUCCUUCCCCAGUAUCAUCCCUCUGUCUUCACCUUUCUAUCUCGGCGAGCACUGCUCGUAUUAGCACACCUCACCCUGCAUUAACCUGUCUGAAAAAAUGUAUAUAUUUAAUUCUGUUUAUAGUUGGAAUCAAACGGUUUUCGAUUUAUUAGCAACAAAC